AUGGGCCGCCACCGCCGCGACAGCACCGACGGCGUAGGCGACUCGGCCGACGACGACGCCGCCUCUCCUCCUCCGCCCGACGACGCCGACGCCGCCCAAACCGCCUCGCCGCGCUUCGACCCACGCGACAACCUGCGCUUCCGUCACGAGACGGCCUUUCUCGUCGGGACCGCCGCCGUCGCCGUCCUCGACUUUGCGCUUGCCGGCCUCAUGGUGUACGAGCACUUUGGCAACCCGGCAGCCGUGUGGGGCGUCGCCGUCGCCAUCUCGCUCGUCGAGGGCCUCUUCAUCGCCGUGUCGGUCGCCCUCAUCGAGCUCCACGUCGGGACCACCAAGCACUGGGACCUCGUCCUCCCGCUCUGCUACGUCUGGACGGGCUCGCUCGCCAUCAACGUCACCUUCUGCCUCGGCGCGUCCGAGGAAAAGGCGACCUUUCCCGUCCUGUUCCCGACCCUCGUCGCUCUCGCCGCCGCCUCGCAGGCCGCCGGCCUCGCGCUCGCGCUCGUCGGCGCGCGCACCCACAUUCUGCUCACCGAGGACCCCGAGCCGGACAAGCACGGGUUCCGGGCGCACCACGGCGGCGGCGAGGGAGGGCACGGGAGGCGCCAUCGGUGGGGGCGGCAUCGGCACGGGCGCAGGCGGAGGGGAGGCGCGAGCGGGAGCGAGGGGGACGCCUGA